AUGGUGUCUCCAGGAAUGGAUCUUUUGAAGUGUGAGAUCCCUAUUGAGCAGGAGUCCGUGGUAUUGCAUGAAGAUGUUGUGACUGGUCUAGUCCUUGUUGGCAUCGUCAAUGGUUUCUGCACUGUUGGUGCUGGAACUAUGGCUCCAAGAGAGCCUAAUAGCCAGAUUUCACGAAUGAUCAACGAAUCGGAAAGGCUAGCUAGACUGUUCUGUGAGAAGAAAUGGCCUGUUUUGGCAUUUAUUGAUUCUCAUCAGCCAGACAAACCGGAGGAACCAUAUCCUCUUCACUGUAUUGCUGGCACCGAUGAGUCAAAUUUGGUUCCUGCUCUGCAAUGGUUAGAGAAUGAACCUAAUGUGACAAUCAGACGCAAAGACUGCAUUGAUGGAUACUUGGGUUCAACUGAGGAUGAUGGCUCAAAUAUUUUUGUGGAUUGGGUAAAGAAGAAUCAGAUCAAAGCUAUAUUGGUUGGAGGGAUAUGCACAGAUGUCUGUGUGCUGGACUUUGUUUGCUCUACCUUAUCAGCAAGAAACCAUGGUUUUCUCACACCUCUGGAAGAUAUGGUGGUGUAUUCCCGUGGAUGUGUGACAUUUGAUCUUCCUCUCCACGUUGCCAGAAACAUCAAAGGAGCUUUAGCUCAUCCCCAGGAGUUCAUGCAUCAUGUUGGCCUAUACAUGGCGAAAGGAAGAGGAGCAAAGAUAGCAAGUGAAGUGUCAUUUCACGGACCAAAGAAACCAUGAGCUAAAGUGCAGCAGCAUAUAGGGGGCAUUGCUCAGUUAAAUUGUAGGGCCUGUGUGUAUUUUUACUCUUAUGAAUAAAUUUGUGUGCAAAGUAGGUUGAGAGCAAUGAGUUAUAUGCCGCUCAAAAAACUGAAAAUAAUAUCAUUAACGUGUGGUCCAGUGAGUUAAAAAAAAUGCAUCAGUUCAUUAAUAUGAACCCCCUUGAAGUGCUUUAAAGUUGAACUAUCUGCAACGAGAACUUAGGCUCACUGUGUGUACGUGAUUUUCGUAGUUGUUAGCAUUAUGAUCAGUUGUUCAGUUUUCAACACCAUACAGGCU